UCCACUCCCACUCUCUCUUCUUCACUCUUUCCCUCCCACUCACCAAACUCAACAACAGAGAAAGAGCAAGAGACACAGAGUGUCCUCAGUCCUCUCCAAACAUGGGGAGGCAUCUCAGCAUCAUCACUCUCACUGCAUUACUCCUGCUCUUCUCCUUCACAUCUUCAGAAGCUGGUGCUGUGGGAGUGAACUAUGGCCGAGUAGCCAACAACCUUCCAUCAGCCACCAAAGUUGCACAGCUCCUCAAGUCUCAUUCCAUCUCCCAAAUCAAGCUCUACGACGCCGACCCAUCCGUCCUCCGCGCCCUCUCCAACUCCGGCAUCAAGGUCGUCGUCACCCUCCCAAACGAACAACUCUACUCGGCUUCUACCCGUUCAUCCUUCGCCCUCUCCUGGGUCCAACGCAAUGUCGCUGCUUACCACCCUUCCACCCUCAUCCAAGCCAUUGCUGUUGGCAACGAAGUCUUCGUCGAUCCGCGCAACCUCACUUCCUACCUCGUCCCUGCCAUGCAAAACAUCCACGCUGCUCUCGUCCUGCUGCACCUCGACGACACCGUCAAAGUCUCGUCUCCUAUCGCACUCACCGCGCUGAGAUCCUCUUACCCGCCCUCGGCCGGCGCGUUCCGUAACGACCUCAUCGAACUGGUUCUCCACCCCAUGCUCGACCUCAUCCGUCAGUCCCAGUCUUAUCUCAUGGUUAACGCUUAUCCUUUCUUCGCCUACGAGGCCAACACUGAUGUCAUUUCGCUUGACUACGCUCUCUUUCGACCCAACCCCGGGGUCGUCGACGCCGGCACUAAUCUCCGGUACUACUCCCUCUUCGACGCUCAGAUCGACGCAGUAUUUGCUGCAUUGUCCGCACUCAAGUACGACGACAUCAAAGUAGUCGUGUCAGAGACCGGCUGGCCAUCCAAAGGCGAGACGAACGAGACCGGUGCUGGUAUCGAUAAUGCCGCAGCCUACAACGGUAAUCUAGUCCGCCGUGUCCUUUCCGGCCUGGCCGGAACUCCUCUCCGCCCUAACCUCGACUUAGAAGUCUACGUUUUCGCGCUUUUCAACGAAAACAUGAAACCCGGUCCUACUUCAGAGCGAAACUACGGUUUAUUCUACCCAGACGAAGGAAAGGUCUACGACAUCCAGUUCUCCGGUAAUGGCGGUAGUGGUAACGGUAAUGGUGGUCUACGGUGGGUGGAAGACAGAGGCAGGAGCAAAGGGAGCAACGGAAGUAGUGGGAAGGUGUCUCAGCGCACGACGGGUGAGACAUGGUGCGUGGCGAAUGGCAUGGUUGGGAAGAAGAGGUUACAAGAAGCGCUAGACUAUGCGUGUGGGCAGGGUCGGGCGGACUGCAAAGAUAUCCAGCCCGGCGCGGCGUGUUACGACCCGAACACGGUCGAGGCGCACGCAUCUUUCGCGUUCAAUAGUUACUACCAAAAGAUGGGUCGCGGUGCUGGCACUUGCGACUUUGAGGGCGCUGCUUAUGUCGUCUCACAAGUACCCAAGAUUGGAAAGUGUGCCCUUCCGACGAGAUAUUAAGCUGGAACGCUGGAAGGGUGAGGAAUAUUUUCUUCACUUGGGUUACUAAUGUAUCUGUGUAUGGUAGUCAAAGGGCAUGUGAGCCGCACUAGUUUACUCUUUUUUUUUUUUUUAAUUUUCUUCCUUUUUAACUAUUCUACUUAAUUGGUUUAAAAGUCAUUAGAUUAUAUAUAUAGUCAGUGUUUUGGAUAGUAUGUUAUGAGCUUAUUAAUGCAAUUUCUGUCUUGCAUCUUUGGUGUUAUUUUUAAUUUUUCUUGUACCUGUUUCUUUAAAUUUCUGUCGCGUCGUUGUGGGAAUUAUUUCAAUGUACUAGUGUACUGCUGAAUGUGCAGAUGGUGUGUGGCCAUGCGCGGUGUGAAUUUUGGCAUCUGGAAGCACUAUGUAACGUGGAACGUUUUUCUUUUUUA